AUGGCCCUGGGGUCGGCGCUGACGCUCGUGUCGUUUGCCCUUUACUGCUGCUGCGCGUGCACGGUGCGGCGACUUUGCUGCCACCACAAGGGCGGCGACCUGCUGGACGCCUCCGACAGCGACGAGGAGUCGAAACCCACGCUCGCGCUCACCGACGGGCGCACGCCGCAGCCCUACCAGGGCGUGCUCCAGGACAGCGAGCUCGCGGCCUUACUCGCCGACAUCGACGAGGAGGACCCCUUGAGCGGCGAAUGCUCACUGGACCUCGCAGUUUCGGCCCCACGAGCCCGAAGAGCAGCGCCGCCCAGCGAGAAGAGGCGGCGCGGGAGUUGGAUCGCGUCCUCAGCGCCAAGAGCGCGCGGGAGAUCUUCGGCAACGGGGGCUCUGGCGAGCGGAGGGCGCAGUUCCACCGCCUGGUGCGCCUUCUCCACCCCGACAAGAAGGUGGUGGAGGGCCAGCGCGCCUCCCUGGCGCUGCGGCGCGUCGUGGAGGGUGCUACCGGUCUCUCUCCGACGCCAGCUAGUGGGGCCCGCGCUCGCGGGAGCAGUCCUCGGAGCGGCGGUUGCGCGGCAGGGACCCGAGGCACGGCCCUCGUUUGGC